GCAGCACUACACUAGUCGCCUCCCUACGCUCCUGACCGCUCACAUCCACUCACAACACUGCUUAUUUUAACACUAUCGUUAGAGCAAGUGCUUUCCUGAGUCUCAGCGCAGUUUAUUCCUUUAAAGAAGUGUACAAUUUUGAAGCAGAUAAUUGUAUUACCAUAAUUUGUGCAGGUGUCACAUUAUUAGUUGAGGUGUGCAUGCCUUGCUGGGUGGUGUGAAAGAAAGUAGUGAUGGAGAGUCUGAUUGUUCCGGAGGGGAAGCCGCGGCGGCGGCACUCGGCAGAGGAGUCUGCCAACACCUUAGAUGGUACGUCUCGCUCUCCACUGCCACAACGGAAAGUCAUUCACAGCAGCGCCAGCAUGCACACGCCGCCGCAGCGCAGGAAGCAAGCCUACAUGUACAACAGUGUCCCUCGCAGCAUCGCUCAUGUGAAGGUCUUCGAGAUGGAUGAUACAGAGCACGAUGACCCGCAGAGAAUCAGGCGCAUGAAGGGCAUCUCCGUGGACGUAGACAUUGCCAUGAAGAACAACGAACGAGACGCCAUCCAGAAGAAGACAUUCACAAAAUGGGUGAACAAACACUUGAAAAAGCAUUGGGGAUAUGGCGAGCGCUACACGUGCAUUACGGUGUGCAACAACUACAACGACGACUCCAGCUGCUCACCCGUAGCGGGGAAGCAGGUCCGGGACCUGUUCGAGGACCUACGGGACGGCCACAACCUCAUCUCCCUGCUGGAGGUGUUGUCUGGAGAACACCUGCCCCGCGAGCGUGGUCGCCUCCGCUUCCACAUGCUGCAGAAUGUGCAGCUCACCCUCGACUUCCUUAGAUACCGCAAGAUCAAGCUGGUGAACAUCCGUUGUGAGGACAUCGUGGAUGGCAACCCUAAGUUGACCCUUGGUCUUAUAUGGACCAUCAUCCUUCACUUCCAGAUCUCUGACAUCAUGGUGGGUCAGGCGGAGAACCUGACGGCCAAGGAGGCGCUGCUCCGCUGGGCCCGCAACACCACCCAUAAGUACCCUAGCGUCGACGUCAAGAACUUCACCACCUCGUGGAGGGACGGCCUUGCCUUCGUCGCAAUCAUCCACAGAAAUAGACCCGACCUGGUGGACUGGCGUAACCUUCGCCAGAGGACGCCCAGGGAGCGUCUAGAGACCUCCUUCCAUGUCAUGGAGCGCGAAUAUGGUGUUACCCGACUUCUCGACCCUGAAGAUGUUGAUACCCCGGAACCAGACGAGAAGUCGCUUAUCACCUACGUGUCGCAGCUCUAUGAAAUAUUCCCGGAGCCACCCAGCAUUCAUCCACUUUUCAAUAUCGAAGCACAGCGGAAGCUUGAGGAGUACCGAGAGAUGGCCACCACACUGCUACACUGGAUCCGUGAACAUAUCUCCAUCAUGAGGGACCGCCACUUCCCCUCCAAUACAGUCGAGCUCAAGAGAAUGGCUCAGGAAAGCACCAGAUUCCGUCAAGAAGAAGUUCCACCUCGACUCCGUGACAAGAACAACUGUCAGCGCCUGUACCGCGAGAUACAGAAGCUGCUAGACGGCACCGGCUUCUUGGAGGACGAGCUGACCCCUGAGCUGCACUAUAACAACGUCGACGCAGAGUGGAACAAACUCAUGUCCCACUACCAGGAGAGGGACGACGCUUUGCAUGACUCCUUGUCUGGUGCUGAUAGACUUCAACGUCUAGCUGAGAAAGUCCAUCGCGAAAUCAAACAGACAGAAGUAACUUUAGAAGAGGUAGAAGUCCGUAUAGAGGACGAGGCGAGGAGAGUGGAGCGCCUCCAUCCCAUGGAUGCCAAACGUAACUGUGAUGCCCUUGAUGGAGAACUAGCCCAGUGUGAGGACACCAUCAAGACCCUACACUCUGACGUGAAGCUCCUGAGGGAGGGCAAGUACCACGAGGCCCCCACUCUUCAUAAGCGGGUUGUGAAACUGGAAGAACGAUAUGUUAGUGUUAGGACUCUUUUCGAGAACCGCCUUCUUAUAGUUCUAAACAACCGAUCAUUUACACAACAAGAAUCCUACACUACGACGAAGAGGAUAAUAGUAUCAGAAUCCCGACUGGUGGAAACAAACGAACACUUCCGAUUCCUCCAGGAGUGCAUCAACUGGUGCAAAGAUAAACUUAAAAAACUAAACGACAGCGAAUACGGCAACGACCUGGCGGCAGUGGAGAAGGAGUACGAGAGUCACCAGAAGGAGCACAAGAUCAUCCAUCAAUUCCAUACCAACGUAGACCAGUGUGCAGCUGCUGAGAAUAACUUCUCUGGUGAAGAACACACGGUAUACAUCAGCUUGCUGUCUCAGCUGCGCAAGAUUUAUGCUGAGCUGCUAUCACUGAGCAACAAGCGUGUGUCUGACUUACACAGCCUGCUGGACUUCCUGCAGGCUGCCACCCAGGAACUCAUCUGGCUCAACGAACGAGAAGAACAAGAGCUCAACAGAGACUGGGCCAACAAGAGUCUUAAUAUUAGUGAUGUGGAGCGAUAUUACGAGAAGCUGAUGGGCGAGUUGGAAAAGAGAGAGGUGCAGUUUAGUGCUGUCCAGGACCGUGGUAACAGCUUAGUUAUCGGGCACCACCCGGCCAGCAAGACAGUCGAGGCCUACCUGGCUGCCAUGCAGACUCAGUGGCAGUGGCUCCUAGAGCUCACCCUCUGCCUGGAAACCCACCUUCAGCAUGCAUCCCACUACCACACCUUCUUCACAGACAUUGCCAACGCCGAACAGUGGGUCAUGGCGCAAGAUGAAAAAUUAAACACGACGUUCUCUGUGACUGACUUUGGUCUUGAUGAUGGGGAGCAACUUUUGCGGGAGAUGCAGGACAUCCGCGAGGAACUGGCUCAGUUCAACACCACUGUGGACGAGCUCAUUAAUAGAGCCAAGUCUGUGGUACCUCUUAAGCAACGCAGACAGACGCUAAGACAGCCCACGACAGUAACAGCAAUCUGCAACUACAAAAAGAUGGAUAUGAGUAUCAACAAGGGAGAGAGGUGCACAGUUCACGACAACAGCAACCGUGUCAAGUGGAGUGUGGUGACCAACUCAGGCAACAAGGGCAUGGUGCCAGGCGUUUGCUUCACCAUUCCCCCUCCCAACCAGGAAGCCAUUGACGCUGCCGAAAAGCUUAAGCGGCAGUACGAACGCUGCAUAGCUCUCUGGCAGAAGAAGCAGCUGCGUAUGCGUCAGAACAUGAUCUUUGCUACCAUUAAGGUUGUGAAGAGUUGGGAUCUGGCCCAGUUCAUAGCGAUGGGAGCAGAGCAGCGUAACGCCAUCCGUAAGGCCUUGAACGAGGACGCAGAGAAACUCCUGCAGGAGGGAGACCCGAACGACCCACAGCUAAGGCGACUCAAGAGGGAGAUAGACGAAGUCAACAGACUUUUCGACGAGUUUGAGAGGCGCGCUAAUGAACCGAAACCGGGAACAGUGUUGGUUGAGCAGUGUAAUAGCUUGAAGGAGUACCUAGAUAUGAUGGAAAAAAUGCUCAUCCAGAGAUGUCUGGCCUCCAUCCCAAGGGACCUGGAUCUUUUAGAGCAGUUGGUCAUAGAACACAAACAGUUUGAAAAUGAUCUUUCUUCACAUGAACUGGAGGUUGAGAGUAUCCAGAAGAACUACCAGAACCUGUCCCGUCGUACACCAGCUAUUCAGAGGACAGUGGAAUCCAUCACACAACAGUGGGAUCGUAUCUGGGCCCUCUCGCACGUUUACAUUGAGAGGAUGAAGUGUGUAGAGAUGGUAGUGACUGGCAUUGAGGAGGGCUCGCAAGUGGUUUCAGAGAUUGAGUUGAAGUUGGCUGAACACCAGGACCUGCCUGAUGACCUGGAUGACUUGGAACAUGAACACCAGGAACUGCUAAACAUUCAGCAAGUUAUCCAUGAUCAUCAGGCACUGAUUGAUCGUCUUCUUGAAGAAUGUCGUAAUGUUCACACACUUGUUGUCAAGUCGAGACCAAGUCAAAAGAUACACCCUGAUGUUGAUAAAUUAGAGGAAGAUGUGAGGAAACUUCGCAUACGGUGGGAGAACAUCUGCUCACAGAUCAUUGAGAGGCUGCGAAGUUGUGAGGCUGCGUGCGAGCUUCUUACAAAGUAUCGCAAUGGUCAUGACAUAGAAAAGGUAGAACUAAAUGACAUGGAGAAUGGCCUUCGCAGUCAGAAGAUUGAAGAUCUAGGUCCUUCUGAGGCAGAGCUUGAACUUGAGAGGCUGAGGAGUAUGUACAUGAAAAUUAUAGAGAAGAAAACAAGCAUAGAACAUGUAAAUACCCUUGGCGGCCGAUUCAUACGGGAAGCCAAGAUCUAUGACUUGCGCCUGUCCCAGUACAAGGCCAGUCUAGAGGACGUUCACCCUAGUCUGGACGCGAGCCUAAGCAAGAGGCCUCGCAUCCAGAGCGGGGGCGACAAUGUCAUACAACAGCUUGACAAAUUGAACAACCAGUACCAGUUCAUCGCUGAUGAAACAUACGAUCGCAUUGCCAAGAUCUACAACCGUUUCCAGUAUGAAAAACGCUUUAAUUUCCAGUUGGAGGACCUAGCACCUGUCAGUUUGGAGAAGACUUUCCGAACAGAGCUCAACCUGCCUGAAGUCCGCCCUGACCACUCCAUUCCUAUGAUCAUUGAUAAUGAUAAGGAGUAUCGAGCUCGGUCAGAAGUCCAGGUGACAGUGACAGGUGGGUCCAUUCCCUCACAACUCUUCUCAGCCACACAGCUUAUGGAAUCUGAUCAUGUGGAUGGUCAUUUAGCAACUUCCACCAGCCAUAUAGGUUCCUCCAUGCAAGUUACUACCACAACUUCCACUCGCCGUCUGGCAGCUGCCACUGCAGCAUCAGGAGCUGCAGAGCCUCAUGUAGUGCAUCCUGUUACAGGUGAAAAGCUUUCUUUGUACCAGGCAAUGGAAGGUGGGUUAGUGGACCUUGCAACAGGUACAUUGAUUCACCCUACCACUGGUGAGGACAUUCCCUUGUCUGAAGCUGUGGAACGUGGUUAUGUGAACCCUGUGCUUUUAAAACACUUGGAUACACCUUGCGGUAUAAUAGAUCCAUCGACAAGACGAGAGCUGACACUGUUACAAGCUACUAAACGAGGGUUGUACAGCCCAGAAGAAGGAACCUUCAAGGAUCCCACGACAGGCAAACUGCUAACACCGGAAGAGGCAGCAAAGAUUGGUUUCAUCAUUUUAGAGAAGCAAGCCAUGAUUGAGAAGUACAGACAGUGUGAUACAACAAUUGUGGACAUGGUGGAUAAGGUGAACGAGAUAGAGCGACGCCUGGCUGAACAAGAGCCUGUCAGUGAGACUACUAAUGGUCUCCGCAAUCAGAUCAAUACAGUUAAGGCAAUCAAAGAUGAACUGGAUGAGAUGUUCCGGCCCCUGGGCACAUGCCUGGAUGGUGUGCGGCAAGUAGUUAACCAGGGUGGUGAUGUUUUAUCCCGUGAAGAGUUAGUUUCUUUGGACCAGGCUGCCACCAUUUUGAAACAGCGCUAUGACAGGUGUGUGGUUCAGGCUGAUACCACCCAUCGCCGUCUUGCCACUGCCAUGGAAGAAUUCUCUAAAUAUGAAAAAGAGAUUGCACUCUUCCACACAUGGCUGAAUCAAGCUACAAAGACCUUAUUAGAGAAGGAACGGCUUUGCUCAGACCUUAACAAGAUAAAAAUCCAUGAGCAAGGCUGUCGUGAUUUCUUGGGUGAUGUAAUUGCUCAUCAGGCUGAUUUGCGCUUCAUUACCAUGGCUACACAGAAAUUCCUAGACGAAUCCAGUUUAUACUUGCGUACUGUCAAUAACUUCCGCACAUCCUUGCCAGAGCGCUACCCAUUGUUGCAAGCUGAUCCAGACUCUGUGGUCCGUGAUGCUGCUGAUGAUGUGAGUGUGGAAUUCAAGGACCUACUGUCGCGUGCCAAUAAACUUGUUGAUAGGGCAACAAGUGUUGGUAACAAACAGCGUGAUUACACAGAAGCCAUUGAAAAAGCUGUCCGCUGGCUCAAAGACACUGAGGUAAAAGUGAUUCGCAUUCUACAAGAGCCUGUAGGUGCUGAUCCCAAAGGUGUUCAAGACCAACUAGACAAGGCCAAGGCUAUCAACAAUGAUGUGGUAGCACAGUCACGACUGUUUGAUAAUUGCCGUGCAACAGCAGCCUCUCUGCUUCGUGCCCUGGAAGGAGAGCUAGACACUAGAGAACAAGAGGCUAUUGAACGUCCUCCAGAGGAACUUUCUGACCAGUAUGCUGAACUUGCUGACAGAUUGGGACUCCGUUGCCAGGAGCUAGACACUGCUCUUGUUCAAUGCCAGGGUGUCCAGGAAGGUCUGGAUUCUCUCAUGAACUGGCUCAACAGUAUUGAUCUUCAGCUAAAGAACGCCAGCAAGCCGGCCUCACUGAACCGCGACCGUUUGGACGAGCAGCUGAGAGAGCACCGUCAGCUCCACGCCGACAUCAUGUCCCACCAGGCGUCCGUGGUUCAGAUCAACGACUCCGCCGAGGCUCUGCUCACCUCCGCCUCCAACGUCAGAGUAGCUAAGAAGAUCGAGACCAAACUCAGGGAGCUCAACACAAAGUUCGAGAAAGUAGUGGAAAAGUCAGAAUCUCGAGGACAUCAUCUAGAAAUAGUUUCAACUCAACUGGAUGCAUUUGUCGUCUCAGUAGAACAUUUUGAGGAAUGGUACAUUGAAAUCGUGGAAAUUGUUGAAUCUAGGGAGGUACUAUCUCUAGACGUUGAAAGCUAUGCCCAGAAGAUUGAAGAAAUUGCUGUGCAGCGCGAUGCACGUUCAGGUGACUUUGAUGGCAUGAUUAAAACCGGCAGGGAUCUGGUUUCAAAGAAGGAUGUCACAGAUACUGCACCUGUGAAAGAUAAAAUAAAGAAUUUAGAGGGGCAAUGGAAGGAACUCGGUGACACACUAGAUGAACGAGCACGUAAUGGCAAGGAGCGCUCUGAACAGCUACUUGCGUAUGAGCAACUACGGGAUCGCUGCACUCAGUGGAUCACCACCACAGAAAAUACCCUGGAUAGUGCUCAACCUGUUGGCCUAGAACAAGAAAUUAUCAGAAAGCAAGUUGAAGACCUCAAGCCACUCUUUAGAGAGUAUCGUGAGUAUGGCCCCACAGUUGAUAAACUAAAUGAACUUGGUAAUGCCUAUGAUGCAUUAUUACGUGGGGAGAGACCAGAAAGUCCAUCAAGGAGACGAUCAUCUGUGACACCAGUGAAGCGGCCAUCAAUCACCUCGCCUCUGAAAUCUCCAGUGAGGCGAGUGUCACAAGAUGCACGCAGUCCCUCACCAUCUCCAAAGAUGAUGGGAUUCAACGGCUCUGGGCCCAUGUCUCCCAUCCCAGGCGGUUAUGCUAGCAGGCGCACAUCACAAGAAGGAUACCACCUUGAUGAUAUGAGUCCUAUCCAAAAGGAACUGAUGCAGGUUAACAACCGUUAUGAUAUGAUUGGAAUGAGGCUUACUGAUCGCCAGAAUGAUUUGGAUAUUAUGAAAGAUGAAUUGAAGAAGUUGGCAGAAAACAUUAGGUCUAUCACCUUAACUCUAGAAAAGUCUGAGCGCAGUAUGCCACGAGAAGCGGUACCUACUACCAGGGAAGAGGCUGACAAGCAUAAUAGACAGUGUAAGGCUAUAUUAGAUGAUCUUCUUGAGAAACAGCCAGCUUUGGAUUCAUUGAAAAUUCAGGUGGCAGAACUGAUUAAAAAGCGACCAACAGCUCCAGGUGCUGAUAUCUUGAAGGAUCAAGUAGACCUUAUAAGUGAUCGUUAUAAAGAACUUCAGGGUCGCUUGAAAGAUCGACUUAGUUUCUUAGAACAUACAAAGGAUUUCCUUGAGAGUUAUGAUUCUCUGAACAACUGGCUUAGUUCAAAAGACAGAAUGAUGACUGUACUUGGGCCAAUAGCAUCAGAUCCUCGUAUGGUACAAAUGCAGGCUCAGCAAGUGCAGGUGUUGAGAGAUGAGUUUCAGGCACAAGAACCAAAACUCAGCGAUCUUAAUGACUCAGGUGAUGCAAUUAUUGGAGUAUGUGAACCAAACUCAAUGGGUGCGAAGAAAAUCAAUGACAAAUUGGAUGCUAUCAACAAUAAAUGGACGGAGCUAAUUGGUCAGCUAGAUACUCGUAAUUCUGCUCUCAAUGCAGCUUCAGAUGCCAGUACAGACUUUUAUGAUAAUUACAACAAAUUACAUGAUGCCCUUACAAAGUUAGGUGAUGAUUUUGAUGAAGUUACUGCUGGUGGUGCAGAUUCUGCUAAGCAGAUAGAGGCUGUCAAUGCACUGGAAAAAGGUUUGGAGAAAGCACGUGGCGCUUUGAUUGAUCUAGAAGGUCUUGGUGAGCACCUUAUAUCUAUUUUAUCUGAUCCAUCUUCUAAGACUGAUAUAAAGUCUAAAAUAACUCAGCUCAACAAGAUGUUUAACCAUCUUGAAAAGAAACUAGGUAACCGUAAAUCUGAACUGGAGGCAUCACUCAGAGAUGAAGAGGUGUUUGGCCAAUCGUGCCAGGAUAUUCAAGAAUGGCUAGCAGAUCAAGUAGCUCAUUUAAAGGAUCGUCUGUUAGUUUCUGCAGAUAGAGAUCUAUUGUCAAAUCAAGUUAGUGACUUUGAACCCAUCUAUAAGGAUCUUAUGGCUAAAGAACAUGAGGUCAUAAUGAUGAUCAAUAAAGGUAAAGAUAUUGUUGCAAAAUCGUCCCGUAAGGAUCUUAAUCGUCAGUUAUCAGAUACACUGGAUGCUAUCAAAAAAGAGUGGGAUAAUGUUCGUAAGACGGCUGUAGACCGUCGCACAAGACUACAGAAAUGCAUGGAUACUUGUAAAAAGUUCCACAGUCAGCAGGACAAGUUCAAUCCUUGGCUAGAUAAGGCUGAAGAGAGAGUACAAUCUUUAGAACCUAUUGCCUUUGCAAAGAAAGCCAUUGAUAAGCAGAUAAAGGAAAUACAAUCAUUCAAGAAUGAAGUGUCUCGCCGUAGUGGAGAAUAUGAGAACAACAGAACUGCUGGUGAAAAACUGAUUUCAUGUACGGAUACUGAUCAUGAAGGUGUUGAAGAUGCUCUUGCAUUUAUGAAAGAACGCUGGGACCACCUUAAUGCUGUUGUUUUUGCACGUGCUCAAGACCUAGAUGAUGUUGCGGCAAAAUUGGCAGAUUUCAAUGACAAAGCUAGAGACCUUGACCAUACAUUACAACGCUGUGGAGACAGAUUAGCUUCUCUUGAUGCACUUGGUGGAGCAGGAAAAGAUGCAAAAUCUUUAGAGAGGAUGAAAGCUCUUCUUGAUGAAACUGAUGCACUUGGUAAGCAGGUAGACCAAGUAAAGAUUAAGGGUGAAGAUUUGUGUGGUGCAGCUGAUGCCCUUGGUUCAGAUGCUAAUCAUAUCCAGGAACAGGUUGAAAAUCUUGCAGACCGCUAUGGUGACUUGAAGGGCAAAUUGGAGGAUCGCUGUCAUGAUCUGGAAGAGGCAUCACAAGCUGUCAAUCAGUUUGGUGCCCUAGUUAAAAAUGUGGGUCAAGAAUUAACAAGCUUAGAUGAUGAACUUGAUCGCAUGGGACCUGUUGGAAGAGACAGGAAGACUGUUUCUAGUCAGAUUGACCAACUUCAGAGUUUCCUGUCAAAGGUUGACCACAAGAAUGAAGAAAUUGAGGAUGCUAAAGCAGCUUUAGAUGAUUUAGUCACACAAGGAUUCACAGGACCUAACAACCGUGCAGCUGAAGACCAAAUUAAACAGCUUGGACGACAAUUGAAGAAAAUUCAAGACAGAUGUGAUACACGUGCAAAGGAACUUGAUACUGUCUUGAAGAAACUAGAUAAUUUCUAUAACAAAUACAACUCUGUCAUGGAUGAUAUACAAGAAGCAGAUAAGGAAGGAGAUACAUUCAAACCAGUGGGUGCAGAUGUAGACACCAUUAUUGCCCAACAGGAAGAGUUCAAGCAUUUCAAGGGAGAAAGGGUAGAGGUUCUCGGAAAGCAGGUUACUGAAUGUAACAAACUAGGACAAGGCCUCAUUCAGAGUGCUGCUUCUGGUGUAAACACACAAGACCUAGAAAAUGACAUUGAUGCAAUGAAUGAGUCUUGGAAUAAGUUGAAAGUGAUGAUUGGUGACAGAGAGAAAGCUUUGGAUAAGGGCUUAAUGCAAUCUGGUAAAUUCCAGGAUGCAUUGGAUAGCAUGCUGCAGUGGCUAGGAAACUUUGAAGAAAUGAUGGAAAAUCAGGCACCUAUCUCUGGAGAAUAUUCUGUAGUAAAGGCCCAAGCACAGGAACAGAAAUUCUUGAGGAAAAUGCUCAUAGACCGUCAAAAUGAAAUGCAAUCUCUGCUUGCCAUGGGCCGUAAUUUAGCAGCUGAUUUGGAGCCAUCUGAAAAGGCAGCAGUAGAAGGGCAGUUAGACGAUUUGCUUAAUCGCUUUGAUGAUGCCAGUGCUCGAUCACAAGAGCGCAUGGAAGCUCUUGAAGAAACACUGAAGGUUGCUAAGGAAUUCCAGAAUAAACUCAAUCCUAUUACUGAAUGGCUAGACCGUACUGAAAAAAAAUUAAAGGAGAUGAGCACUGUACCAUCUGAUGAAGAAAAAAUACAAAAACUUCUCGAUGAACAUGAUAACCUUCAUGAUGAAAUUCUUGGGCAAAAACCAGCAUUUGAUGAUCUCACUGAUGUAGCCACUGCUCUUAUGAGUCUUAUUGGAGAUGAUGAAGCCAAUGCUUUAGCAGACAAAUUACAAGCUACCACUGACAGAUAUGGGCAGUUGGUAGAAGAUUCGGAGGUACUUGGUCGCCUCCUUCAAGAGUCUAAGGUUGGCCUUCGUCACCUUGUACUUACCUAUGAAGAUCUCUUGUCAUGGAUGGAUGAAAUGGAAGCGAGACUUUCUAAAUAUCGCAUUUUGUCAGUAUUUGUGGAGAAGCUCUUGGAACAGAUGGAUGAGCUGACAGAUCUUGGGGAAGAGGUAGUUUCACAUGAAAAACAAGUGGCUGAGGUUAUGGAUGCUGGUUCUAAUCUGAUGAAACACAUCUCAAGUGAUGAAGCUCUUCAGUUGAAAGAUAAGCUGGACUCUAUACAUAGACGUUACAAUGAUCUCAGUGCCAAAGCUACUGACCUACACAAAGCAGCUAAUGAAGCAUUGCCACUUGUUCAACAAUUCCACAAUGCCCAUGAGCGCUUGGGAUCAUGGAUGUUGUCUGUUGAAGGUCAACUUCAAAGCAUAGACUCGUCUGGUCAAGGGCUGUUGGAGGAAGAAAUAGAGAGGUUGGCUCAUGAAAUACAAGAAAACCGUCCAUUAGUGGAGGCAGUAAAUCUUGUGGGGCCACAGUUAUGUCAGAUUUCUCCAGGUGAAGGGGCCUCAAAUAUUGAGACCUUAGUAACAAGAGACAAUAGAAGGUUUGAACAAAUUUGUGAACAAAUUCAGAGACGAAUGGAGAGAAUUCAUAUGUCCAAACAAAGAUCACAGGAAGUCACUCAAGAUAUAGAUGAACUUCUAGGCUGGUUCCGUGAGGUAGAAGGCCAGAUACGUGAAGCUGAACCUCCAAGUGUGGAUCCUGAAGAAAUCAGAAUCCAGUUGAAAGAACACAAGGCUCUGAAUGAUGAUGUAGCUAGUCAGAAGGGCAGAGUAAGAGAUGUUUUGUCCAAUGCCAAGAAAGUAUUGAGAGAGUCGCCACAUCAUGAAGACACCAGUGAACUUAGAGAAAAAAUGGAUGAUCUUAAGGAAACUAUGGAGUCAGUUUCUAAACUAUCAUCAGAUAGGUUAUCUACAUUAGAACAGGCCUUACCUCUGGCUGAACACUUCUUUGACACUCACCAUGAGCUGGAUGAUUGGCUUGCAGUCAUGGAAAAUGAAGCAAUGGUGAUGGAUACUCCUGCUCUUAGAGCUGAUCAAAUCAUACGCCAGAUGGAGAGGAACAAGACAUUCCUUCAGUCUAUUGGAGACCAUAAACCUCUUCUUGACAAACUCAACAAGACUGGUGGGGCCCUUCUGAAACUUGUUAAUGAUGAAGAUGGAGCUAAAAUUCAAGAACUUUUGGAAAGUGAUAAUGAUAGAUACAAUGCACUUAAAUAUGCACUUCGUGAACGUGGUCAAGCUCUAGAGGAUGCUUUACAGGAAACUAGUAAAUUCUCUGACAAAUUGGAUGGCAUGCUUUCUUCUCUGGCUGAGACUGCUGACCAAGUAAAGAAUGCAGAACCUAUCUCGGCCCAUCCUGAGAAGAUACACGAGCAAGUGCAAGAAAAUAAUGGUAUCAUAGAUGAUCUCGAUAGAAAAGAAUCUGCCUUUGCUGCUGUAAAGGCUGCUGCAGAAGAUGUCAUUAGCAAAGCCUCGCGAAAUGACCCAGCUGUGAAGGACAUAAAAACUAAGCUGGAUCGCCUUAAUAAGCUAUGGGAUAUGGUACAGAUGGCAACAACUCAACGUGGCCAGUCCCUGGAAGAUGCACUCUCGAUGGCUGAAAAGUUCUGGGAUGAACUGCAAAAUGUUAUGACUGCAUUGAAGGAUCUUCAGGAAACCCUUAAGGCUCAAGAGCCAGUGGCAGUGGAACCACAAGCCAUUAAACAACAACGUGAAGAAUUAUCCCAAAUAAAGAGCAAGAUAGAUCAGACUAAGCCAGAAGUAGAACAGGUUCGCCAAACUGGUCGGGACUUGAUGACACUAUGUGGAGAAGCUGAUAAACCUGAGGUUAAGAAGAACAUUGAAGACUUGGAUUAUGCAUGGGACAAUGUCACUGCUCUCUAUGCCAAACGUGAAGAGAACCUAAUUGAUGCUAUGGAGAAGGCUAUGGAAUUCCAUGACACAUUAAGGAAUAUGUUGGAGUUCUUGGAGAAGGCAGAGGAUAAAUUUAAUGGAAUGGGCCCCAUUGCUGGAGACAUAGAAGCUAUCAAAGAACAAAUUAAUCAGCUGCACAAGUUUAAGGAUGAGGUCGAUCCCCACAUGGUGAAAGUUGAAGCCCUGAACAGACAAGCUCAAGAAUUGAAAGAGCGGACAUCAGCUGAUCAGGCAGCUGCCAUAAUGAAACCCCUGGGCGAAGUGAACCGACGGUGGGAUGAGCUGCUCAAGGGCAUUGUUGAAAGACAGCGCAACUUAGAAUAUGCUUUGCUUAAACUUGGACAAUUCCAGCAUGCUCUGAAAGAAUUGAUGAUCUGGAUUGAGCGCACUACAAAGACUGUUGAUGAUCUCAAGCCAGUAUUUGGUGACCCACAAGUUAUUGAAGUUGAGUUGGCAAAAUUAAAGGUUACAAUUAAUGACAUCCAGGCUCAUCAGUCCAGUGUUGAUACACUUAAUGAUGCUGGAAGGCAACUGAUUGAAGCUGACAAAGGCUCUGAAGAUGCUUCUAAUACCCAAAAGAAACUUGCUGAACUAAGUAAAAAGUGGAGUGAACUACAGGAUAAAGCAAAUGGCAAACAGAAUGAUUUGGAAAAUGCCCUGAGAGAAGCUCAGAUAUUCACAGCUGAAAUUCAGGAUCUUUUACUUUGGCUGGGCGAUAUAGAUGCUGCUUUGUCAAGCUCUAAGCCAGUUGGAGGCCUUCCAGAAACUGCGAAGGAACAGCUUCUUCGCUUUAUGGAGAUAUAUGAUGAUUUGGAGGAAAACCGUUCCAAGGUAGAAGCUACUCUUCAGCAAGGCCAGGAAUAUCUGAAACGGUCUCGGGAAGGUGCUGCCACUAAUCUUAACCAUAGUCUCCGCACCUUAAAGCAGCGUUGGGAAAGUGUCAUGAACCGUGCCAGUGAUAAGAAGAUAAAGUUGGAGAUAGCUUUGAAAGAGGCUACAGAGUUCCAUGAAGCCUUGCAAGCAUUUGUUGAUUGGCUCACUGAAGCAGAGAAUUUAUUAAAUUCCCAGCAACCUGUGUCUCGUGUGCUGGACAUCAUUCUUAUACAGAUUGAAGAACAUAAUAGCUUUAAGAAAGAUGUCACUGCACAUAGAGAAGUGAUGCUUAGUUUAGAUAAAAAGGGAACCCAUCUUAAAUACUUUAGUCAAAAGCAAGAUGUCAUCCUUAUUAAGAAUCUCCUGGUUUCUGUGCAGCAUCGAUGGGAGAAGGUAGUAUCCAAAGCGGCAGAGAGAACGCGUGCUCUUGACCUUGGAUUUAAGGAAGCUAAAGACUUCCAUGAUAACUGGAAUGAACUGGUCACUUGGCUUGAUGAUGGAAACACACUUGAUGACUUAGCUGCAAAUGUUGGAAAUGAUCCUGAAAAAAUCAAAGCUCAGAUUGCAAAGCACAAGGAAUUCCAGAAGUCUCUUGGUGCCAAGCAGCCAGCCUAUGAUAGUACAAUGAAACAGGGCCGUGGCCUGCAAAACAAGGCUCCAAAAUCCGAUGAAGAGACAUUAAAGCAAAUGAUGACUGACUUGAAGAACAAAUGGAACAGUGUUUGUCAGAAGAGUGUAGACCGCCAGAGGAAGCUGGAAGAAGCCCUUCUCUUUACUGGUCAGUUUAAGGAUGCAACCCAAGCACUUCUGGAUUGGCUCAAGAAGGUUGAGUUAGGCCUUGUAGAUGAUGGACCAGUUCACGGAGAUCUUGAUACUGUUAUGGCACUAGUUGAGCAGCACAAGGCUUUCUGUAUUGAACUCAAGAACCGUUCUGUACAAGUUCAGAGUGUGCAUCGUACAGCAGAUGAACUGUUAAUCAAAGCUAGUGCUGAAGAUGCUGUUACUAUUCGUUCACAAAUUUCAGAGCUAGUAAGCUCUUGGGAAAGGGUUGAGACAGCAACAGAAAUUCGUACUAGACGUUUAGAAGAAGCAUUACAAGCUGCUGAGCAGUUACAUAAGGUUGUACACAUGCUGCUUGAUUGGUUGUCUGAUGCUGAGAUGAAACUGAGGUAUGCUGGACCACUGCCAGAUGGUGAAGAGGAGACUAGACAACAGAUUGCUGAGCAUGAAGCAUUCUUAUCUGAACUGAAUCGGAAGGAAAAGGAAAAGGAUGAUACAAUUGCUUUGGCUGAAGAUAUCCUUGCUAAAGCUCAUCCUGAUGGCGUUGCAACUAUUAAACACUGGAUCACAAUUAUCCAGUCUCGGUGGGAGGAAGUUAUGGCAUGGGCCAAGCAGAGAGAGACGAGAUUGGCUGACCACCUUAGGAGUCUACGUGAUCUUGCUGGACUUCUUGAUGAACUUAUGCGCUGGCUUCUUCAAGCUGAAAGCAAUUUAACAAUCUUGGAAGCAGAACCCCUGCCUGAUGACAUCCCUGCAAUUGAGGCUCUCAUCACUGAUCAUAAAGAAUUCAUGGAUGAAAUGCAGAAGAAAGAGCCAGAUGUGCUAAGCAUUUGUAAGCCAACCAAACCUCGACCUUCACUUUCUCAGCAAGGCAAAAAGCGGUCAAGAGCAUCACUAGGUCGUGAGAGUGUGAGCCCGGGAAGAGAAUCUUCGCCAGAGUUUGAUUAUCCAUCACGACGGUCCAGUCGUAUCAGUCCAGAUCGAGAAUCUUCACCAGGGCCUAAAUCUCGAAAGUCCAGCCGCUCAUCACCAGCACGUGAGAUCACCCCUACACGGGAGUAUCCGCGACCAUGGAUGUAUGGAGCAAGAACAACACCACCACGAGAGUCCUCACCUGGAGCUGAUCGUGAAAGAGACUGGCCACUUACGCACUUGCGCUUUGCCACAUCCACACCAACGCCUUCUGCUGGUGCUGCUGCAGCAGGCGGGAGGAAGAGCAGCAAAGUUAGCGUGCGAGAGGAACCUCAAAUCAAGAAUCCCCAGGCUCGUGCAUUAUGGGAAAAAUGGCAGCACGUUGGCUUCAUGGCAUGGGAACGUAUGCGACGUCUCCAUGACAAGCUCAGCUACCUCCAUGAACUUGAGAAGCUUAAGAACUUCUCUUGGGAAGAAUGGCGAAAAAGGUUCAUGAAAUUCAUGAAUCACAAAAAAUCAAGAGUGACUGACCUAUUCCGUAAGAUGGACUCUGACAAUGAUGGAGCUGUUCCUCGUGAGGACUUCAUUGAUGGUAUCCUUAAGACUAAGUUCCCUACCAGUCGUUUGGAAAUGGGCACUGUAGCAGACAUAUUUGAUCGCAACCAAGAUGGGUAUAUUGAUUACCAAGAAUUUAUAGCUGCACUUCGGCCGGACUGGGAGCGUAAGGGCCCUCUGACAGAUGCCGAGAGGAUUGAUGACGAAGUACAGAAACAAGUUUCCAAGUGUACUUGUCGACAGAAGUUCCGAGUUCACCAAGUGGGCGAGGGCAAGUACAGGUUUGGAGACAGUCAGAAACUUCGCUUGGUUCGUAUCUUACGGUCAACGGUUAUGGUUCGUGUCGGAGGUGGAUGGGUAGCACUAGAUGAAUUCCUUGUCAAAAAUGACCCAUGCCGAG